GGCAACGUCGGCCUCGCCUUCGGGCUCGUCAUCGCCGCGGGCAUGUGCACGACCAUCGGCAGCGCCUUCGUGUUUUGCACGUCGUACGCCAACACGAAAGUCCUCGCCGGCGCGCUCGGCGUCAGCGCGGGGGUCAUGAUCUACGUCUCGUUCGUGGAGAUUUUCGCCACGAAAGCGAUCGAGGGGUUCGAGACGAGCUACCCGAACGACGCGGACAAGCUCGCGACGCUGUGCUUCUUCUGCGGCGCGGGGCUGACCUACCUCCUCGACGGACUCGUGCACAAGAUCGGGAUGUGGCAAAAGAAUCGGUCCAAUCUGAAAAAGGCGCCGGCGGAGCACCUGAAGAACAUGGGGUUCAUGACCGCGCUCACGAUCGGUUUGCAUAACUUUCCGGAAGGCCUCGCGACGUUCGUCGCCGCGCUCGCGGACACGAAGCUCGGGAUCGCGCUCGCGUUGGCGAUCGCGAUACACAACAUCCCCGAGGGCGUGUGCGUCGCGAUGCCGGUGUAUUACGCGACGGGCUCGAAGUUGCGAGGGUUCUGGUGGUCGUUCGUCAGCGGCCUGAGCGAGCCCUUCGGCGGGCUGUGCGGGUUCCUCGUGCUCUACAGCGCCGUCAUGAGCGACAGCGCGUACGGCGCGCUGUUUGGGAUCGUCGGCGGGAUGAUGGUGUACAUCUCGCUGAAGGAGCUCCUCCCCACGGCGCUCAAGUACGACCCGCACGACAAAUACGUCACCAACUGCACGUUCAUCGGGAUGGCGGUGAUGGCCGCGUCGUUGAUCAUGUUCACGCUGUGA